AUGACUCUAAAGUGGGUGAGUAUAUUUCUCACCAUUUUAUGGCUUUAUGUGCCAACGUGGAGGAAUGAGAAAAGGGAAGGCUUAAGAAUUUUCGACGUGAAUUCUGUUGAAGGUGAAUGGAAGAGCGAACAGGCUACACAGAGGGGGCAAAGUAGACCAAUCGGUGUGAGUCAAGUGAAAAUAGGCCAAAAUGCGUCAAUGGGUCUAAACUGGAGUAGGGGUAAGAGGAGGGGGCGAGGUGGACAAGCUACCAAGAUGAAGGGCGAGAUGCACAGCGAGGUGAACGGGCAGGGUGACAAUCGAACGGAUGAGAUUCAGACCACGGGAGAAAGUCAGCCCGUAGAAUCCUUUGCUCAAAAUAGACUAGAAUACAGCGACCCAAGAAGAGACCUGAAUAGCGCCUUGCAAAUAAUGUUGAACGAGUACUGCCACCCGCGCAUAUCAAGAUGCUUACAGAAGACAAACCUUUGUUAUUGUUACGCUGAUGAAAAAUUAAAAACAAGUGUGUAUAUGCCCGCAUGCGUAGACAACUGUGGACAGAUUAUUAAAUGUUUUGGGAUUCCAGCAAAUAUUGGAGUUAUAAUUAUCCCAAGAGAUGUUGUAAAUAAAUUAAGGAUCAAAAGUUGUGUCGUUUCAAAGAAGCAAAAAAAAUUAGACAGCCUAUGCGGAGAAAAUAAAGUGUUUCGUUUUAUGAACAAUAAGCAAUAUUGCAUUCCUCAUGAUGUCUUAGACAUUGAUAAAGUUGUUAAAAGUUGUUUUAGUGAAUACAGUACGCUAAUUCCGUGUGCAGGAUUCUUGGAAAAUACGGAAGAGAACUUAGCAAAUUUUAAAGUCAAUUAUAGGAAUUCGAUGAAUUCUAUUUUGUAUGGUCUGUGUAAUGAAGAAUUGCACGGCAAUGGGGAAAGGUACACUGGUUGCCAAGAUAAGUCCAUAUCAGGUCACAAAUGUCUACCCUGGAGUUCUUUAAAUAUAAAGGAAAUUUUAGGUAUAGAAUACACACAUAAUUACUGUCGAAAUCCAGAAAAUUUGAUGACUAUAUAUUGCUUCAUUAACAUGAAUGGUUUUAUAUUUAGAGAAUUCUGUGAAAAAAAAGAAGACAUAAUAAUGAAUGAUAUUACAUACAUUAAUGAUUCCUUGUUCACUUUUGACGUUACGAUGAAGAAUGUGUCUGAUUUUCGAUUAGGACUCACCGUAGGGAAUUGUUACGAUGGAUCAGUUCCAGAAAAUGACCCUUUUAAGAACAUAAAACACGAACCUUCUGAUUAUACAUACCAUAAUAUGGAUGGAGAAAUAGCUGUUACUAUUUCGUUCAGAAAUUUCCACAUGCGGAUUAAUCAGAAUGUUGUCUUUUCUAUAUGUGCAUGCUAUAGGGAUUACUACUACAAUGAAGAUUCCAAGGCAUGUUUUUCCAGAAAUUAUUUGACCAAGGUAGGUAGCCUCCUAUCGAGCGAUCACAUUUUUAAUACAUCGAUAAAUGUGUUUAAUGUUAAUGAGGAACACAGUCUCUCUAUAAAUGUUGACAAUGAGGUUAUGCAUAAUAGGGAUUUCUACAUAAUGCAAGGAGAACAUUCCUAUGAAUGUAGGAACUUACGCUUCUUGGAAAAUAUACCCACAAGCGGUUUUCAGAAAUUGCUUAAUAUAGAUAUUAGUAAGUCCAUUCAGAGGAUAAUUCCCAGAUUAGACACCUCCAGGGCUUACUCCACUAUUUAUGCCUACGCGGAUAGAAUUUUUGACCUAAAAACUAUGCUCAAUCGAAAUAGGGACUUUACUCGAGAUAUAAGUAAAGGGGUAAAUAAUGUGACGAUGGAGAAUGACAAAAAAGGCGUUUCUGAAUUUUCUUUUCACAAAAUUUCGAAUUUGAAAAAUGGGUCCAAUUUAAUAUGUAUAAGGAAUCCAUCAUACAGAUUGAUGCUCUUCACUUAUGUAGGCAGAAUUACAUACAAUGACUACAACACGUCAAAUGUAAAGUACAUUUUAAAAAAUGAAACCACCGUUUUUGAGGAUAGAGUCUUCUUGAACGACAUGGCAAAUUUUAGUUUGACGAAUCACUUAUUUUCCUUUAGUGCCAUUUCAUGCACACUUACAAACACCACCUUUUUAAAAGAUUUCUGGUCGAAUAUUAUACAAGAAACGCACAUUAACAGGCUGAGGAAAUAUUCAAUCGAUUCGUACUCUGACCAUUUUAAGAGCUCAUUUAGGAGUCUCCAAAAUCAUAUACUUCAGGGGGGUGGAAAAGUAAAUGGUUUUUAUACCUUCUCAUUACAACAAAUAAAGAAGAUUGAUGUUCCCUUAAUUUAUCUUUGCAAAAGAAAGGAACGCAUUGAUGCACUUAGCUCCGUUUCAUUGGUCAAUCUUUCCGACUUCAUUUUUUCUCCCUAUGAAGAUUUUGCUCAUUAUUUCCAUGUGCGAAGCCUUCCAGACUUCAUACAUAAUAUCUACCUAAACGUAAAUUUAUUUUCGGUUGUUAGAGACCACUUUGAUAUCCUUGGAAACGAGAAAAAUCCCUCCAAAAUGAGGAUUUUGUCGCUCUGGUCCCAUGAACAGGACAACUACGUUUCUCUUUGGUUUGUAUCAUCUGACCACUUGACUCCAUAUUUUUUGAUCAAGUACGACUUUUAUGCACCUACCUUUUCCUUCCUGGAGAUGGUUCCCCAUCAGGUUCCAUUCAUCGCUAGUGCUAACACAUCUAACAACACUAUAAUGUCCUCAACUAGACUCCAAACUAAUGACUCCAACUCGACCCCCUCGGAGAGCUCCCAAAGCGAAAGCGAUUCAUCGAAGAAGCCGUACACCAUUGCCUACAUCUACAUCUUCAGCACGAAGCAGCUAGCCAUGAAGAAAUACAAAACUAGCGAUUUUUACGACCUUACUCUGGAUAUAAGUUGGUAUACAAUAAAUCUUGCUCAAACAAACAGUAUACAUAAAUUCACCUACCUAGGAGACACCUUCUUUAUAUUCCUGCUUAAAAACAAUACGGUCUCUCUCUGGAAUAGUAAUUUUGAAGAAAUACAUUUUGACAAUUUGAGCCUUGAUAAUUAUAUUAAGUCCAUCCCGAUUAAGAUUCAAUGCCUGGUAAAUAACAUCAUCACUUGUUUCGUUCUAUACGAGUUUCACCAAAUUUUGUGGUUUGACCUAGUGUUGGCGCCAUCCUCUCAGUGGGCAUCUUUCACGGGAGCACUACAAAGUGGUGCACAUCUGCAGGAGAAGGUGUCCUCGAACCAAUCCUUCGUAGACCAGAAGAGUGAGAAUAAAAAUCCUUCUAUUCAAGCGAAUAACAUUCCAUCAGAGAAGAUAAAAAGGGCUUACAUAGUACACUUAUGUACAUACACAGAAAAGGAUCUAGAAAUAGUUCUGGAAAUCGCGAAGGACAUGACAGUGAUAAGGAAGCUAGAUGAGUACAUCAUAUAUAUCUCCAGCAGUGAGUCAAACAAAUUGCAUAUAUAUUCUACAGACAAGUCAGAAACCAAAAUAGAGUAUUACAAGUAUGUAAGGAAUGAGCAUAUGUCUAGCUACAAGAUAAGUUCCAUUUUUUCCUAUUCCCAUGAAGACACCAAUUUUAUUAACUCCUUCAUAGCGAAGGAAAAUGAGAUGCAAAAUGCUUUGUCCUCCUUCAUUCAUGAGAGUUUGAGCACCACCAAUGUUAUAUACAAAAAAAAUAUGUGGUAUACGUACACGAAAAAUAUAGAAAUUGUUCCUAUCAUUAAGGGAGAUAAGAGAGAGAUUAAAUAUUUUGAAAUAACUAAUACGAAUUCCUACCUGAAGAAGCAGAAUAUAACUAUCCACAAGAAAACAGGAGUAAUAUUAAUCAAGCUGAAGAGUAUUAAGACGCCACAAAUAGAAUUACGUGUGACAGUGCAUGGAUUAUUUCAUGUGUCUACUUUACUUGUCCACUUCAAUGUCGUAUGCAUGAAAGGACACUACUUCGAUAACAAAAAGUGCCAACCAUGUCCAAAGGGAACCUACAACAAUCUUAAGGAGAUAAAAAAUAACAUAAAAUGGUACACUUCAUGUAUCCCAUGUAAGGCAAAUAAAACCACCUCUGAGCCGUUUCCACGGAAUGAGAAUCAUUGCCUUUGUGAUGUAGGGUAUGAAUAUAUAAUGGACCCGAACAAUCCUCACCAGUUUAUUUGCUCUCCUUGUAAAUUUGGGGAAUAUAAGGACACUAUAUCGAACAGUCUAUGCACAGGAAAUGGGUGCCCAGAGAAUUCAAGCUCCUAUGUACAGGGGGCAAAAACCGAGGCAGAAAGUUCCUGUAGCUGCAACCCUGGGUACUACUUAACCUUCGAUACCUUUGGCUCCAGUGUAUGUGAGAAGUGUUUGUCAGACCAUUACUGUCCAGGUAAAUUAGAAAGAAUACAAAGAUGCCCCAAACAUAAUGAGACUUUGUCAGAUGAACGAACCAAUUUUACCACCAUAGAUAGUUGCCUGUGCAAAAGGGGAUAUGAACCUAUCAAUAUGAAAAAGGUACAGCAAAAGGGGUCAAGGGAAGAACAUUAUUAUAACCUCUUCUUUAAUACCUACUCCUAUAAACCUUAUGAAAUCGAUUCCAAGCAUAUCUGCAUGGAAUGCAGAAUAGGUUAUUACAAAGACACCGUAUCAUCAGAGGAAUGUAAAAAAUGUCCAAAUGAAUCCAUGAAUAAAAAGUUUGGAAGUGUCACCAUAGAGAGUUGCAACUCAUGUUAUAGUGGGUACUACAAAGAUUCAAAGAAGGUCUGUUCUACGUGCCUUGCCAACCACUUCUGUGUAGGUAGCUCUCCACCAGACCGAUUGACUCAAUACAGUGGAGAUGCAGUCAUAUGUCCAAACAACUCCGUCACGAAGGAACCUAACGAAUUUAAUAACUCCUUUAAGGAUUGCUUAUGUGUACAAGGGUACGUAAAGCACCUCCAAGAAUCCUACAACUUAAAUCAUCACUGUAAAUUGGCCCCGCUCAACUUUUACAAAGAUACUAUAUCGAACGACAUGGGCACUCCUUGUCCCUCCAACAGUAUUACCCUAAUGGAGGGCGCUAAGUCCAUUCACGAGUGCAUUUGCAAUAAGGGUUUCUUUUAUAGCAAGAGAAGGAGAAUGUGUGUGGAAUGCCCCAUCGGAUACUAUUGCCCCGAGAAGAACAUCAAGAACAAAUUUAGGGGUCCUAUAAAAUGCCCUGAAAACUCUGGAAAUGUAAUAACGGGUUCCUACGAAUUGGUUAACUGUCAGUGUAAUUUUGGCUACACACUAAACGCCUCGGUCAAUAAGGUUAUAAAGAAGCACACGUCUAUUAGGAGAAAAAGUAGUCUCCAUAAUAGCGAACAAUCCAGUCGGCUCCCCUCAUUUGUAAAUUUCGGCAAAGUCCUCACAAGGAGGAACACCUUCAUUCAUAUUAUGGCAAACAAGGCUGCUACUCAUGAACAGAGGAAGACAAAUAAGAAAACCCCCUCAUUGUUGCUAUGCAAUAGAUGUCCAAACUCCACGUACAAAUCGACCAUAGCGAAUGAAGCCUGUCACGAGUGCAUUCCUAAUAGUGUUACUCUUAAGAAUACAAACAACUCAGACUUCUAUUUCUGCCUAUGCAAUGAGGGAUACUACUUGGAAGAACAGACAUGCAAACCAUGCUCCUUCACGAAUCUAUACUGCCAGGGAGAGAGCAUAUUCGAAGUGCCUCCGGGCAUGUACAAUCGGAUGAUUGAGGUUAUUAGGAGUCACAUCGGGUCGUUCGGGCCUUCCCACGGGCGCCGCUUCGUUAACUCAAUGAUCCGCGAAUAUAGUAUGCACUGGGGGGAUGGAGCGCACAGGGGUAGUAGUGGGGAUAUGCACGGGGGAAAUGUACCAACUCAAUUAGUCAGUCAGGAUGUGGCUCAGGAUGAAUCUCAAAGCUCAUCUGCAAUUCGACCCCGUGAAGGCUCGCAUGCGGGUAAGUGGAGAAAAGAUGGAAAGCGCCGCAGUAAAGUCCCCAUCAGUAGCUACUUCGACAAGCCCCUUCCCGUCAUGAUGCUCAGCCGCCUUAGCAAAAUAGGGGACGGGUCCACAAGUCUAUUCCUGGAGCGGCAUCACCUAGAGGGCCAUCCAAAUAAGCUAAUAAACAAGAAAAAAAAACAAGACAAUUUUAUGAACCUCCUUUUGAAGAGUUUCUUCUACAGAGACCAGGACAAUGUUAUUUACGCAAAGUAUCAGCACCUUGUGAAAUGCCCGGUUAACACCACAAUCCCUCUUGGAGUAGAUUCUGCGCACAACUACGAUGACUGUAAAUGUGCCAAGGGGUACUACCUAGAGUCGAAUGAUAUGGACAAAUCGGUUAAGGUAUGCAAACCGUGUAAAGAAGGAACAUUCAAAAACUUCGUUGGAGAUGAAACAUCCUGUGUGUCCUGUCCGCCCAAAUCUACAAGUCUGGAAGGAUCUGUCUACCCAACGCAUUGCUUCUGUAAGGAGGGUUUUUUUUACAGUAAACAAAAUUGUUUGGCUUGUUUAGAAGGAGCCAUAUGCAAAGGAGGAUUAUACGAAAAUGCCAUGAGGAGAAUCCCGUUAGGGUUAGAAAAUAUCCACAUAACUGCAGAAGAUCAUGUGAAGCCAGAAUCUAUAAAAGGGUACUACUUAGAUAAAAAUAUGACAAUCAAUAUAGAUGUAAGUGAGUGGAAGUUUAUAAAAUGUCCAAUACAAGAUGCUUGUUUGGGAAGGAAUAAAUGUCAUCACAGCAUGAAUAAUUAUUUAUGUGUCGAAUGUGCAAAAGGGUAUACAAACACGUUUAUGCGAUCUGUGUGUGUUAAAUGCCCAAACAAUAUUGUUAACCUUAUUAUCAUAUUCUCCAUCUACAUUAUAUUCUGCUUUAUCAUCAUUCUUAUAUCAUACUUGAAUGUAUCUUCUGGAUUUUACAGAAGAUCUAUCCAUUCAAUUGUAAUAAAAAUCGCUGUCAACUAUAUUUCGAGCAUGCUACUAAUUAACAUUUUAGACGAUAAGAAUUUACUUUUACCAGAAUUUGUACACCAAGUCUAUAUCAACAUUACCAAGUUAAUAAAUAUAGGAGAGAGUAGCAGAAUUAUCAGCAUCGAUUGUUUAUUGAGACAUUAUUUUGACUUAAGCUAUGCGGACUCUUUUUUUUAUUCCAGUUUGCUAUUUUUUUUUAUCCCUGUACUUCUUAUGGGCACACUAACCUUGAUGUUGUUUGUUAUUCUCAAAAUAUACACCCUGUUAAGGAAGAGCGCAAUUGCGAACAAGUUGGAAUUGCUCAGUAUAGCCAAAAGGGAGAGAAUUCACUUUUUGGCUAACUCCCUGGAGAAAUCAUAUUCCAAAGAAAGGUUCAUCAUGAUAUUGAGGUAUAUAAAAUUACAACACUAUACUUGGAUCGAUAGAGCAUUUAUCUUUUUUGAAGAUAUGAUUCCAGUGUAUGUUACCUUUUUAUUUAUGAUACAUUCAAAAACGUCCACCAGAAUGUUUCAGCUUUUCGAUUGCUCCUACAUUAUGUACACAAAGCAUUUAGGCAUAUAUAUCCUAAAUAGGGUGAGUAGUGUCCAGUGUGAUUUGAAGACAGAUUAUUUGAAGUUUUUCAUAUUAGGUUUAUCCGGAACUGUUAUAUGGUGCCUGGGCAUCCCCUUACUCUCAUUUUUCGUUCUGUACACAAAUAGGCACAAUUUGUUUCAAGAAAAUGUUCGCAUAAAGUACGGCUUCCUACACAAUGGAUAUUUGCCAAACAGGUGGUACUGGGAGAUUAUCGUCUUUGCGAGAAAAGUAUUUUUUUUUUUCAUCACCACAGUUGUGUUGUUUCCAUCGGAGGAGGCGAAUACUUCCAAGUUGUUACUAAUUACUUUCGUGGCGAUAUUUUCUUUGUGUGUGCAUUUUAUCUUUCAGCCAUUUGACAAGAGAAAUUUUUUUACCCUAAAUAAGUUGGAAAAUACAAGCUUAUUCAUAUGGACAUUAACCAUCGUAGUUACAUCCAUAUUGCUUUCUAUCAAUUUGAAUGAAUUCCUGAACUUUGUUAUUUUAUUUUCCAUAAUUUUACUGCAUGUCAUAUUCACUGUGAAAUUGUUGAUUUGUUUGUUUUACGAGUGUAUCGAUAACCUCCGACGGAAGAAUGUCCUCUACGAUGUGCCCAUUCUCGGCACCUUUGUCAAAACGCUCGUCGACGUUGCACAAAAGAGGAAGGAACAGGAGCCCCUAAUUUACUACGACAAAAAUGCAAGACAAAUUUCGAUUAUUUUACCUGACUGCGUUAUGAAGAAAAAAAAAAAAGUCAGACUUUUCGCUAACUCGUUCAGGCGAAUUUUCAAAAAUGUGCACACCUUUUGGGAAAAGGGGAUGAAGCACCCAGGCGAAAAUCGUCACAUACGCAGCUGCGCCAGUGAUAAUGACAGUACCCACAAAGGGAGCCACUCUGGUAGCCUCGCAGGAUAUGUCUCAAAUGGCGAAUCCAUUGAAAACAUCCAAGUGGGAUCACUAAAAAAAGGGGAAAAAAGAAGACCAACAUGUGGAGCCCAAAAUUAUGCACAACAUGGAAGCCUAAAUCUGCAGGGAAAAAAAGGAUACAAAAAUGAUCACCAUUUUUUCGCAGAGAAUUUACCGGAAAAACAGAACAAAAUGAGUUUCUUCUUUUUUCCCAGAAAUAAUAAUAAUUCCGUCUGUGAAAAUAUCAACAAGGAGCAGCGAAUGUUCGCAAUUGAAAUUUACAAAGAACUGCUGGACAUAUUCAUGAAGAAUGUCACGCUAACGUACAUUUCGGAAAUAUUUUUCGAAUUCAUAUUUAAAAUUACCAUCAACAUAGGAAACUUGAUUUACAACCUGGACCAGAAGGAUAAAAUAUUCGUGUCUAUGGAUCAGGAGCAGAACUUUAAGAACAUCAUUCAGUGGUCUCUCGAAUGGAUAGAAAAAUGUAACGAAAAUAAAAAGUUAGAAGAAAGCAAAAUAAUUAAUUUGAAAAAUUGUAAAUAUGAUUUGGGUCUGGUUAAUCUAGAUGUUGACGAGCUGCAAGUUCCUUCUUUACUCUUUGAAGAGGACCAAAUGGAGUCCUAUCGAAGCGUUGGGAAGACGGCACCAGGGGAGUCGUCCACGGAAUUUUCUGGAAAGUCCAGCCUGAGCGAAAAAGGCCCAGAAAUUCAAGUGUCCGAAGAAGAGAAAGAGAAACUCUUCUCAUUCUUCAGCGAUGAUCUCCUGGACAGGAAAAUCCCCCUCUCCGAAUUUUAUCUAAUCCUUACAGAACUCAAGCUCAAGUAUUGCGGAAACCUCACUGCCUACUUUUACAUGUUCAAGCUAUACAAAAAAUUGGAAAGGCUCAAGGAAAGGAAGAAACUGAGAAGAUUAAACAAGAAGCUCCGCAAGUGCCAACAAAUUACUAACACGAAGAAGAAAAGGUACAACGAACAAAUGCUUGAGAAGGACAAAAUAAAAGAAAAAACAGCGCUACUGUACAAGGAACAUAAAGACCUGACUAAAAUGUUGGAGCAGAUGAAAGGGCAGUACAUUAAUAUAAGUAGGAACGACUCUGAAACAUUUUCAUCUGAGGAAUAUGGAAUGCCUGAUAUAGAUGGUGAUAUGUCCCUUUCCAGUGGGGCCUCCAUCCAGGAUGCGCUUCUUUCGAUGAGCCUCGAUCAGAAGGAACCCGAAAGCCAUUAG